GUUUUGGUGUGCUUCUUGCGUUUUGGAGCGUGUCGAGCACGACGGAAUUUUAUGCGUGAAAGGCAACGUAGUUUCAGAAUGCGCGGUGGUUUGAACGCUAAGGCAGAAGGAAGACGAAAAGCACCGGUUGUGUCGGUCCUCUUUCUUGUGUCUUUGUGACUGGAACACCGAUUAUCGACUGCCGAGUCUGUACACGCCUGUUCCAGAUAGGACUGGUGUCCGGUUCGCGGCACAGCCUAGCCGAAGACAGCUGCACAGGUUACUGAAACCAUAAUGGUGGAGUGUUUCAAACCAGGCUGCGGAGGCGUGCUAAGACCAAGGAGCAGUGCAAGCGUGGCGGUUUGUCCAGAGUGCCGCUCAGUGAACUGUUUAAGGUGCUACGCCACCCACGAUGGAUUGUCAUGCAAGGAAUACAAGAAGAGCAUUGGGGCUGAUGUCACACCAACUCCAACAGCUGCCAGCCGAGGGCGCAAUACAUCGCAGACCGAAAGGGACACCUCACCUCUUCCGUCAACAUCUGCAGUGACCCCAAGGACAUCACAGGAGGAAGCAGUGGCACCUAUAAUGGUACAGCUGGCUGCUAAGGCUAAUGAAGACAGCUCUGAAGUGUUUGUUACUUGCAAGGUUACUGACUGCGGAGGCAGUGCCUUCGUGGGAAAGGACGACAUCAUGUUUCGUUGCGUCGUUUGUAAUCACUACACCUGCGUGAAGUGCUCGGCUUUCCACGAAUCUAUGACUUGCACCGAGUACCAGCAGAACAAGGACAACGUGGAAGUACCUUCAUACAAGCCUGGGGGGUUACCUGUGGAAAGCAAUGAGGAGGCCGAGGAGGAAAAGUCCGAAGAGCACGAAGCCGCUGAAGAUGCGGAGGGCAUGAUUGUGACGUGCCGUUAUAAAGGUUGUAAUGGCUAUUCAUACGUGUACAAGACAGCAACUACGGCUCAAUGCGAGAUAUGCAGCCACUGGACUUGCGUGGCGUGCAAGGCCUGCCAUGAAUCCCAAAGCUGUGCCCAGUACAAAGGAAUUGAGCUUCCUGCGGAACCGCUGGUGCCGAGAAUCCCAUCCCAGAAACAAAUACCGAAGCCCGGAAAUGAUGCUUGGAGCAGAGAACAUGGUUUAUUUUCAGGUGUAAUGAGGGCCUUCAACCGCCUUCGUAGUGGUAAAGCUUAUGAAGCAGAGGACGAGCCAGUGGACGCAGGGACAGAAGCUUGGGCUUAUGAAAACGCCCCAAAACCCAAGACAACUGAAAUAGCAGCGGGUGAACCAGCUGGCGCGGCGGCUGCAGUUCGGGGUUAUGAAAACGCCACAAAAGUUCAGGGAGACCCUUGUGACGCUUGCAAUGGCGCCAAGCCUGAUCACGUCGCUGCAGAGUGCGAGCACGUUUUAUGCAAAAAAUGCAUCCAAAGGGCCGUGGAAAACGCCACAGUCUACGGGUCCAUAAUGUGCCCUGUAGUCGCCGACUCGUCGCAGCAGUGUUCAGGUCGUAUUAUGGAUGACGUAUACAAAAAGUACGUUAGCCCAGGAGCCCUUAAACACAUGGAAAACAAGAAGAACUGGUUGCCAGCUGAGUGUUUCCUAAAAACGUGUCCCAAUCAAGGGAAGCGCGGUUCUCUACUUGUAAAAAGAGGAACAACAUAUUAUGUCUGCCCACGCUGCCUCGUCCGGAACUGCUGGACGUGUCGAGCUAUUCACUACAACAUGACCUGCGAGGAAUACAUGGUGAAGCUUGUGGCCGACCUGGACGCAGGGAAGCUCGAAGAUCCUCGCGAGAAGGAAAAGCGAUAUCAGGAGCUGGUUUCCAUUUACCAGCAAGACGUUGUGUCAACGACCAACGAAUUUGAAUGCUCCAUUUGUUUCGCGGACGUGGAACCUGGUAAAGGAAUUAUUCUCAAGAAUUGUCACCACAAGGUUUGCGAACAAUGCCUUGCCGACACUGCCAAGAAUUCUGAGAAAGCGGAAGUUCAGUGCCCUUGCCUCGAAAACGGUCAACCCUGCCAAAUGGCCGUUUUAGACAGCGACCUUAGGGCGUGCCUGUCGAAAGAAGGAUACGAGGCACUGCAAGUUCGCAGCCUGCGCGAGGCUGAGAACAGAAGCAAAGAGCCGGCGUUUCAUUGCAAGACACCCGACUGUCGGGGCUGGUGCUUUCAUGACCAGAAUGUCGAGCUCUUCGAAUGCCCCCUAUGCAAUAAGAACAACUGUCUCCGCUGCGAGGAAAUUCACGAGGGCAUGACAUGCGCCCAAUAUCAGGCGGACCUCAAGCGAAGGGCCGAUAAUGAUGCAGCGGCCAGAGCAUCACUCAACUUUCUCGAGGAAAUGCUGAGAACCCAGCAAGCCAUGCGAUGCCCUCAGUGCCGCAUUGUCAUCAUCAAGCGUGUCGGGUGUGACUUCAUGGUGUGCACCGCGUGCCAGACUCAGUUGUGCUGGGCCACCAAAGGAGCUCGAUGGGGUCCAGGGGGCGUCGGCGACACAAGCGGUGGUUGCAGAUGCAACGUCAACGGCGUCAAAUGCCACCCGACGUGCACAACUUGCCACUAGCGUCAGAAGGAAACGCGGAGUGGUGCUGUGCAACCGAAGUUAUGAUCCCUCCAAGUAUCCUGCUUGAAGAGUACAAUCUCAAGAAUACUCACCAGUUGAAGCAGUCCUAAAGGGGUACCUUUUUGUGCGCGUGUGUUUAAAGAUGAAUGCUCUUAAGAAAAAUGUUCUGAAUACUUUGUUGGCUGCUAAUUUCAAAGAGCAACUGUGCGUAAAGAAAGAUGGCUAAAAAAUUCAGUUCAUGAGAAAAGGCUUUUUUUUUUCAUCUUUAAUAAACUGCUUGCGUUCAUAUAGAG